AAAGACUUCCAGCACUCCAUUUUCUUUAUCAACUGGAGGAGAUAUCAGCAGUUUGUGUGCCUAACAUUUUGAAGGUCAUGCCGCAGUAUCUUUCUCUCUCACACAUACACACAAACUGAAAACCGAAUGUUCAGCCAAGCAGAAAAGAUUAUAAAAGUAAACAAAAUAUGAGCAGUGGUUAACUGCGUUUCUGUGAAGCAGUGAGCUAAUGACUUUGCAGCUUCCUCUAACCAGCCGUCUUUAUUUUGAUCUUUUCUCACUCAUCUCCUGACUAAUUUCAUGAUGUGGUCUUCGAAAACCUGGCAGAAGAUAAGUGCCUCUGAUUGGUCCAACCUGACCCUUCAUCUGGAGGGGUCCCUGACCAGUGCUUUGGGUCACUAUCUUGACAACUGGAGGCGUAACGUGACAGCUGCAGCCAACGCUCUAGACAAGACACUGGCUGAGGAGAACUUCAGGGACGUCAUCUGGUAUCUGGCGGUGAUGAUCGGCUUAUUUGCCUUCAUUAUUGUGGCCAUCCUGGUGAGCACCGUCAAAUCCAAGAGGAGGGAGCACUCGAAUGACCCCUACCACCAAUACAUCGAGGAGGACUGGACUGCUCGGUUACAGCAGGGCGGGGUUAUAACUAACUUCGGAGUUUAAUAAUGCACACAGAUACGUAACUCACAGCAAAUCAUCAUCAUCAUCAGUUACAGAAGCAGCAGGGCAACAUACUGCAUGUCUUUUCUAUUGCAACAGAAUAAUAAAGUCCACUUGAUUAUCUAA